AUGUCUGAGGAGGAAUGCUUGACUAUGUUGAAGAAAACCAAGGAAGCUGCCGUAGCGUCGUUUUCCGCUGGCAUCCGCCAAAUAAUGAGACAGCUCAACUUCAUGCGGACUAACGAUCUAGUUAUUCUCCAGUCACUCUGCCUAUACUUGUAUUCCUUGCAAGACCGAUACGACCGCCACAGCUCAUGGGUCUUCAGCGGCACCGUCAUACGAAUCGCUCAAAAGAUGGGGCUCCACCGAGACGGCGACGUGCUUGGCCUCAAGCCCUUUGUAUCAGAGAUGAGGCGCAGGGUAUGGUGGCAACUGGUAUCACUCGACGCAAAGUUCGCCUUGUUCUCCGGCUUUGGUCACUCGCUGCUCCCUCGGGACUGGGAUGCAAGGGAGCCGAGCAACUUGAACGAUGCGGACAUUUUUCCGGCCGCUACGCAACCAACACCGGACCGCGAUGGCCCCUCGGAGAUGAUUCUCUGCUUGGUCCGACACAAAAUCACAAAGUUUCUCGUUGACACACCCGGCCUCGAGCCGGUGAAGAUGAUGAGCGAGCUGAAUGAGUCCAGCGGUGCUCCUCCGGUAGCAGGGGGAACGAGAGAACAGCAAAUGAGCUACUACCUAACUCAUUUCGAGCUUUUGGAACAGAGCCUUCAGCACAUCCUGGACAACCGAUGCAACCCCCACGCUGGACAAGUCCACGUCAUGGCUCAAGGGCUCAUAUCGGCUCUUCUUGUACAGAAACGACACUUGAUUAAGAGCAUUAGCGAUGGACCUAGACCUGACGCUGUGUUUCAGAGCGGAGAGGACAAUGCAUUCAUUGCUUUUAGGACAAAGGCUUGA